GAAACAGCAAGUGCUUCUCCUGUCAUUCUCCGAGUGGAUCCGAAGGGAUUUUACUUAUACUGGACCUAUCAGAACAAGGAGAUGGAAAUUCUGGAUCUAACCAGCAUCCGCGAUACCCGAGUCGGGCGGUUUGCCAAGAUCCCCAAGUGCCAGAAGCUCCGAGAGGUUUUUAACUUGGAUUACCCUCAUAGCACCUUCCUGCUUAAGACUCUGACUAUUGUUUCUGGACCUGACAUGGUGGACCUCACAUUCCAUAACUUUGUGUCCUACAAGGAGAACGUUGGCAAGAGCUGGGCCGAGGACAUUCUGGCCAUCGUUCGGAACCCCCUCACCUCCAACGCCUCUCGGUACACCUUCCUGGAGAAAAUCCUGGUGAAGCUGAAGAUGCAGCUUAAUGCAGAGGGGAAGAUUCCUGUCAGGAAUAUUUUUCAGAUGUUUCCUGCAGACAGGAAGAGGGUGGAAGCAGCAUUGAGUGCUUGUCAUCUUCCAAAGGGCAAGAAUGAUGCCAUCAACCCAGAAGAUUUCCCUGAGACCGUGUAUAAAACUUUCCUCAUGAAUCUGUGUCCACGGCCUGAGAUUGAUGAGAUAUUCACCUCACACCAUUUAAAAGCAAAGCCCUACAUGACCAAAGAGCACUUGGCAAAGUUCAUCAACAAGAAGCAGCGAGACUCUCGCCUCAAUGACAUCCUGUUCCCCCCAGCCAAGCCUGAGCAGGUGCAGAGCCUGAUAGAGAAGUACGAGCCCAGCGGGAUCAACAUCCAGAGAGGGCAGCUGUCUCCAGAGGGGAUGGUUUGGUUUCUCUGUGGGCCUGAGAACAACGUGAUAGCGCUGGACAAGCUGAUGCUGUACCAGGACAUGACGCAGCCACUCUCACACUACUUCAUCAACUCGUCACACAACACCUAUCUAACAGCGGGCCAGUUCUCUGGGCUCUCCUCCCCCGAGAUGUACCGCCAGGCGCUGCUGGCCGGCUGCCGCUGCGUGGAGCUGGACUGCUGGAAGGGCCGGCCCCCCGAGGAGGAGCCCAUCAUCACCCACGGCUUCACCAUGACCACCGAGAUCCUCUUCAAGGAUGCCAUUGAGGCCAUUGCAGAAAGUGCUUUUAAAACAUCUCUCUACCCUGUCAUCCUGUCCUUUGAGAACCACGUGGACUCGCCCAAGCAGCAGGCGAAGAUGGCCGAGUACUGCCGAACCAUCUUCGGAGACAUGCUGCUGACAGAGCCUCUGGAAAAGUACCCACUGAAGCCAGGAGUUCCUCUGCCAAGUCCUAAGGAUCUCUUGGGGAAGAUCUUGAUAAAGAACAAAAAGAAGCAAUCUGUAUCUGGGAAGAGGCAGAACUCUUUGAAGAAGGGGCGGAGUGUGGAACCAGAAAUCACAGAGCUGCCAGCCCCUGUGGAUGCUGAGGACACUGUCUGGGCAGGUGAUGUGGCUGAAGAGGAGCCAGAGGAAGAGGAUGAACAUCUUGGAAACCUCGAUGAAGAGGAAAUUAAAAAGCUGCAGUCAGAUGAGGGCACUGCUGGUCUGGAGGUGACAGCAUAUGAGGAGAUGUCCAGCCUCGUUAAUUACAUACAGCCCAUCAAAUUUGACUCCUUUGAAGUCUCUGCCCAGAAGAAUCGGAGCUACGUCAUCUCUUCCUUCACAGAGCUGAAGGCUUAUGACCUGCUCACCAAGUUCCCCGUGCAGUUUGUAGAAUACAACAAGCGGCAGAUGAGCCGCGUGUACCCCAAGGGCACCCGCAUGGACUCCUCCAACUACCUGCCCCAGAUGUUCUGGAACGUUGGCUGUCAGAUGGUGGCUCUCAACUUCCAGACCAUGGAUGUCCCCAUGCAGCAGAACAUGGCUCUGUUUGAGUUCAAUGGCCAGUGUGGCUACCUGCUGAAGCACGAGUUCAUGCGGCGGCCGGACAAGCAGUUUGACCCCUUCUCUGUGGACCGCAUCGACGUGGUGGUGGCCAGCACCCUGGCUGUCACGAUACUCUCUGGUCAGUUCCUCUCCGACCGCAGCGUGAGGACCUAUGUGGAAGUGGAGCUGUUUGGGCUGCCAGGGGACACAAAACGCAAAUACAGAACCAAGCUGACCUCCAGUGCCAACUCCAUUAACCCUGUGUGGAAAGAGGAGGCUUUUGUUUUUGAAAAGAUCAUGAUGCCUGAGUUGGCGUCUCUCAAAAUUGUGGCUUGGGAGGAAGGAGGGAAGUUCAUUGGUCAUCGUAUCAUUCCUGUUAUUGCCGUUCACUCAGGCUAUCACCACGUGUGUCUGCGCAGCGAGAGCAACAUGCCCCUCACCUUGCCUGCCCUCUUCGUGUACCUGGAGGUGAAGGACUACGUGCCCGACGCCUGGGCAGAUCUGACUAUUGCUCUCUCCAACCCCAUCAAGUUCUUCAGUCUGCAAGACAAGAGGUCGGUCAGGCUAAAAGAUGACUCAGGGGAGAGGCUUGGCACACAGAGGAAGCUUCCGUCUGCUGAAACUAACGGGAUACCAGACCCCACUGGGAAAUUCAGGAUUCCUCCUUCAAACGGGCCUGCAGAGCCCCAGACAGUCAGCCUCGCAGAGCUGCAGCAGAUGAAGCUCUUCCUGAAGCUGCUGAAGAAGCAGGAGAAGGAACUGAAGGACCUGGAGCGGAAAGGGAGUAAACGGAGGGAGGAACUGCUGCAGAAAUACUCUGUGCUCUUCUCAGAGCCUGUCUGCUCGGGGGGCAAGAAAAGGAUGGUGCACUCCAGGAAGAUCCAGAAGAAGAGGAGUCUGACCACAGGUGACGUUGGCACGUGUACAAACCCUGUAGAGGUGGCAGAAAGCAUCGACAGCCAGGUUGUGGAACUGAGGGAGAGGCUGGAGAUGGACCUCAUCCUCCUGGGGGAGGAGCACCACGAGGGGAUUCGGAGGAAGAAGGAGCAGCACGCCACGGAGCAAGUCACCAAGAUAAUGGAGCUGGCCAGAGAGAAGCAGAUGGCUGAGCUGAAGGCACUGAAGGAGUCAUCAGAAAGCAACAUCAAGGACAUCAAGAAGAAGCUGGAGGCCAAGCGGGUGGAGCGGAUCCAGAGCGUGCUGAGGAGCACGAGUGACAGG